AUUCGGUGGAAACAUAUGAAGACUCGGUACGUGAAAGCCCAUGUGAAGGGCAGGAAAGUGUCAGUCGUAGAAAGUAUAACGUUACCGCAUCUCCAAAAGCAAGCCGAUAGACUAAAGCGACAACAAGUGGUUGACUGGGAUUAUGCACAAGAGGACCCCGAGGAGGUGUUUGGGCAACUGUCUGAGCUUUACGACGCGGUAGCCGAAGAAGAACGAGAGCAGCGUCACCGGAUAAAGAAAAUUCUAAUGAAAAAAGAGGAAAAUCCUCAUCCUCCUGAGAGCAACUUACUGCACUGGGCAGCUAAACAACAAAUUAUUUACCUUCAUCGAAAGAAUCCUGAAGAAUGGACUCCAACAAAAAUCGCAGAGGAAUUUCCAAUAAGUGCUAUAGGAGCAAAGAGAUUGCUGAAGAGUAAAUUCCUUAUUGAAAAGAACAAAAUCGCCGAGCAUGAUGCUGAAGUUGAUCUCAGAUGGAAGUUACUUAAGAAAAUUAAGUAUUCGGGACACUGCCCAGAGGAAGGAUCUGUCACAUUACACAAGAAGACAAUUGAGCUCUACCUUGGAGAUAAGCUACAGUAUGAAGCAUUUAAGUCAGGCAGUUCCGAAUUUCCAAGGCCAGCGGCAACUGCAGGUAUCCGUGUGCCAAUAAGGAUUGGCCAGAACGGAGAACAUUACAAAAUGCUUCAGGAGUACAAACUCCUUCUUGGCUCAAAACAAGAAGAAUCCGAAGACCAGAAAACAUCAAAAGAAGAGAUAAUCAUUCAGCAUCGUUCGGAUGAUAAGCCGAAUAAAUCUGAAAAAAUAGCUUACCGACUCAGUAGGAAAUAUAUACGCGAAGACUGUGAGGAUGACCCUGAAGCAGCCACCACACUCGAUCUUCCAAAGAACUUCAGGAUAGAAUUUGUGAACGAGUUCAGUGGAAAGGGUAAUAUUAGUUUAGGUCAAUUUAAAGAUAUCGCUGGCCAUAAAGAGCUUCCACAGGUAGAAGGCAGACGAACCCAGAAAAAGCCUAGAAAGAAGGAUCUAGCAAAGUCAGAUGAAAAUAAACCAAUGGUUCUAAAAUAUAAACAACCGCCAAGAGCAGCCAUCGCCGACGAACACUUCUCAGAUGGUACAUAUAGGAUACGGAAUACAAUUUACGGUUCCGAUGGAGAAGCUUUAUAUCGAAUCAGAUCAUCGAAAUAAUAAUUACUUACUACCCCUCUGAAAAUGAGGUUUGGCUGUUACCGAUGACCAGUUAUUGCUUCGGCAUAUUGCCUUAAUUUUAAGGGGCACACGACACAGCGAUAGCCUUGGUAUCCAAAAGCUCCUCGCGCUAUGAUUGGUGUUUUCAGUGCGUCUUUGUUUGUUGCCAGUUUUAACAAAAUGUUUCUUCAGCUAUUUCAGAGAGAAUCUAAUUGGUAAAAUUCUUAUGUAACUCUAUUUGUAUCUAAUUUAGUCAAAAGGCCAGUAACUCUCCAACUCACAUGCAAUCCCGGUUCGGUCUCCGAAUUAUUAAAUCGAGCUGAAAAGUUCUGAUCCAGUAGAUUUCUAUAUAUUAUAAUAUAUAGGGAUCUAAUACAGCAGAAGUUUAGCGACGAAAUAAAUGAAAGGCAUUACUUUUUGAAACA